AUGAAGAUCCUUUUAAUUUUUCUCUCCCUGAUAGUAAGGAGUAGUCAGCUGACACUGGGUGAAUGUGGAACCGAGGCGAGAAGACCACUGAUCACCGACAUCGCGGUGACAUGCGGCACAUCCUCCAUCUCCCUGGCUGUCCAAAUAUGCCCGGUCAUCUACACCGGCUACAACGAGUCACAGUUGAUCCUGAACCACAUGUGGGAUUCGACUUGCAGAGGAACACUGGAUGAGUCGGUGUCUCCACCUGUUGCUCGCUUUAAUUUCCCGCUCAAUAUGACCCACGCUUGCGGAAGCACCUUCCGGACCACCAGUGCACCUGGGGUCGGGAUAUUUGCCGAUUUUUCCAACAUCCAGACCGUCAACGUCAGUGGCAUCAUCCGGUCCUCCGACCCGACAGAGGGAACGAUCACCUACAAUGCCGAGCUGAAGUACUACUACUCCUGUGCGUAUCCGCUCGAGUACAUGGUCAACAACACCCAGAUCGACGUGUCGCCCUCCUCCAUUGCUGUGAAGGAUAACAACGGUAGUUUCAUCAGCACCUUGAGCAUGGAGCUGUUCAGCGACGUGAACUUCACCAAGCCACUGGUGAUCCCAAGGUUGGGGAUUGAACUCAGGACCAAAAUUUAUGUUGAGGUCAAGGCCACCAACUUGACUGGGCAGUACCACGUCCUGCUCGACCGCUGCUACGCCUCAAUCUCUGCGCUGCCGUCCAACUCCAGCUUCUUCAACCUCUUCGUCCCCUGCUCAAAGGACCGCUACACCACCGUGGUGGAGAACGGCGACAGCCAGACGUCUCGAUUUCACUUCCCGGCCUUUCGCUUCCGAGAGCAGCAGAACGAGACGGUGUCCACCUACUACCUCCACUGCAUCACCCGACUCUGCGAACGAAGCACAUGCAGCACCUUCAAGCAGUGCAGCAACAGGAGGAAGAGAAACACCCUGGAUGUGCCCGGCACGCAAGUCGGCAUAACAGAGCCGUACACCGUCACGUCCCAGAAGAUCAUCACCAAGACGGACACCAACGAAUCCAAGGAGCAGCCUGUGGUCGCCAACAAAGAGGAGGACUCUGCAGUCGGUCUGGGUGUCGCUGUGGGGGUUCUCGCCUUUGUUUGUGCCGCUGCCGUCUGUGUCGCAGCCGUGUUUUACAAAAGGCUCAGGAACUAA